AUGUCAUCCUCAUCCUCACAAACCGCCUCACAAACCGCCUUACAACCCCAAUCCCAACUCCAACCCAAUCCCACCUCAUUGCAGCACCAGAAACCCAAACCUUACAAAUCUAAAUUUAUCGAACACCUAGAAGAUCACGCUACGCCUACGCCAAUUCCAGGAAAGUUUUCUGCUGUACCAGUACCAGUACCGGUCCCUACGCAAAGUGAUUCUGGAUCUUCGGGUAAUAAAGGACUAAGUACUCGAGUGGUUCGCUUGGUGGAUACAAGGGAUGUGAGAAAUAUAGCAAUUUACUGA